AUGGCCACAAACCCUUCUAGCCUCAACUCCGAGGACGCCAAAUAUGCCUUGGGCACCCAUCGGGGACCUUUGCCCUCGGAGGGUGUUGAUAACGAGCACCUUGAAAAGACAAAGAGCAUUUCGCUCGAGCCGGGCAAGCGCACGCGGGGACAGAGACUGCGUCGCCAUUGGAGGAGAUUCUGGUGCUGUUAUGUCGUUGGAAGUAUCAUCUUUCUCGCCAUCUUUCUGCCUAUUUUCUUCCUCGUCAUCCUCCCUGCCAUCGCGCAGCGAGUGGUUGACGGGUCCACGCUGGUGCUGGUCCACGCCGACGUGCUCCAGCCACGCCCGGACUCGAUGAUGCUCCGGAUCGACUCAGCCCUCAACCUCCCUCUCAAGAUCCCCGUGCGCAUCGACCCCAUCACCAUGGACCUCUUCAACCGCGACCGACCCGCGAACAACACCUGGGGCAAGGCCUACCUCCCAUCGGCCCGCAUCUACGGCAACACCACCCUGGCAACCAACAGCACCUUGACUCCGUUAAACGUGACCGAGUGGACCGAGUACGUCCGCAGCGUGGUUUUCGAGUCCCACGCCCCUCUCUCGGUCAGGGGCUCCACGACCGCGUAUAUCGGCAAGUUGAAGUCCCACGUCACCAUGAACAAGGACAUCCACCAAACCACCCUCAACUCCUUCGAGGGCUUCUCCAUCUCCGAUCCGCAACUCCUCCUCUCCGCCCGCGACGACGGAACAAACCUCCUCGCCAACGCAACCCUCCCCAACCCAUCCGCCAUGACAUUAGAGAUUGGAACCACAACCCUAAACCUCUACAGCAACACCCUCCUCGUAGGCAACGUCACCCUCGACAACCUCACCCUCACGCCGGGCAACCACUCCACCCCGGUGCGCGGGGUGUUCGACCUGGGUAAGGUGAUCGCCAAUCUGGGCCGCGUGCUCCGGGACCAGCGCGACGCGAUCAAGCGCGGGUACCUGGAUCUGACGACCGUCGGCACGGACGUCACCUACGAGGGCGUGCAGGUGCCGUACUACACCGAGGUCAUGCGGAACCUCACCAUGACGGCGCAGGUGCCGCUCGGGAAGCUGGUGGAGAAUACCCUGCGCGGGGUGCUGGUGAGGAACGGGACGAAUGUGCUGGCGGGUUUGAAUUUGACGACUGUGCCGGCGUAUGUGCGGAGUGGAUGAGUUGUGGGGGUGGGGGGGGCGGGAGCAGUUGAGGAUAUGUUGGAUUGAGUGCUGGGAGGGAGAAGCUCGGGAGGACGGUGGUGGUGCUAUGAGGGGCUU